UUUUUUUUUUUUUAAUCCCCGCACCAAGCGCUUAACCUCAUUGGGGUGGAGGAGAAGGCGGCGGCUGUCUGGUCCGCAGCGGCAACAGUAGCGAAUAAUACGACUAAUGGACUGCUGAAUUAUGAAGAAUUUCAGACCCAGUAGUAGAACCUCACUUGGCCACUCACUCCUUUAUCUUCUACUGGUUAUUUAAAUUGGACUUUUAAUAUCCUACCAGCUGCUCUUCAGACACACAUGGUGCAUUGUUGCCAUUCCCCGGAUUGCAUCUUUGAAACACAGGCUCUUAGUAGAUUUCAGCGAACAAAGAGGCAACCUCCUGGGUACAUUUACUGGGAGGGUGUCACCCUGACUGCCCUCUAGCUUCUGCCGGAUCUGGAUUUGAAUUCCACCAUGGAGCCUCGCAUGGAGUCCUGCCUGGCACAGGUGUUGCAGAAGGAUGUGGGGAAACGACUGCAGGUUGGCCAAGAACUUAUAGACUAUUUCUCAGACAAACAGAAGUCUGCUGACCUUGAACAUGACCAGACCAUGUUAGAUAAACUUGUGGAUGGGCUUGCUACCUCUUGGGUGAACUCUAGCAAUUACAAGGUGGUUCUUCUCGGCAUGGACAUCCUGUCCGCGCUGGUCACCCGGCUGCAGGAUCGGUUCAAGGCGCAGAUUGGCACAGUGCUGCCAAGUUUAAUAGACAGACUGGGAGAUGCUAAAGACUCUGUGCGAGAGCAAGACCAAACUCUGCUGCUGAAGAUCAUGGAGCAAGCUGCUAAUCCCCAGUACGUUUGGGACCGAAUGCUGGGAGGCUUCAAGCACAAGAAUUUCCGGACUCGGGAAGGCACGUGCCUCUGCCUUGUGGCCACACUCAAUGCCUCUGGAGCACAUACUUUAACACUAAGCAAGAUUGUGCCACAUAUAUGUAAUUUACUUGGAGAUCCAAACAGCCAGGUUCGAGACGCAGCAAUAAACAGCUUAGUGGAGAUUUACAGACACGUGGGAGAACGUGUGAGGGCAGACCUCAGUAAAAAAGGAUUGCCGCAGUCCCGGUUGAAUGUAAUUUUUACAAAAUUUGAUGAAGUCCAAAAAUCUGGAAACAUGAUACAAUCAGCAAACGAUAAAAAUUUUGAUGAUGAAGAUUCUGUGGACGGUAAUAGACCUUCCUCUGCUAGUUCUACAUCGUCCAAAGCUCCGCCCAGCUCACGGAGAAACGUUGGAAUGGGGACCACCCGCCGGCUUGGGUCAUCCACUCUCGGAUCCAAGUCUUCAGCUGCAAAAGAAGGAGCUGGUGCUGUUGAUGAAGAGGACUUUAUUAAAGCAUUUGAUGAUGUACCUGUAGUGCAGAUUUAUUCCAGCCGAGAUCUUGAGGAAUCCAUAAACAAGAUUAGGGAAAUAUUAUCUGACGACAAGCAUGAUUGGGAGCAAAGAGUAAAUGCUCUAAAAAAGAUAAGAUCUUUACUUUUGGCUGGUGCUGCUGAGUAUGAUAACUUCUUUCAACAUUUGCGUCUUUUGGAUGGAGCCUUUAAACUAUCUGCUAAGGACCUGCGGUCUCAGGUAGUGCGGGAGGCUUGUAUCACAUUGGGGCAUCUGUCAUCAGUUCUGGGGAAUAAGUUUGACCAUGGAGCUGAAGCCAUUAUGCCAACUAUCUUUAAUUUAAUUCCAAAUAGUGCCAAAAUUAUGGCCACAUCCGGUGUUGUAGCUGUUAGGUUAAUCAUUCGGCACACACACAUCCCUAGGCUAAUACCUGUCAUAACAAGCAACUGUACCUCUAAGUCUGUCGCAGUUAGAAGGCGCUGUUUUGAAUUUUUAGAUUUACUUUUACAAGAGUGGCAGACACAUUCACUGGAACGACAUAUAUCAGUAUUAGCUGAAACAAUAAAGAAGGGAAUACAUGAUGCGGAUUCCGAAGCAAGGAUAGAAGCCAGAAAGUGCUACUGGGGUUUUCACAGUCACUUCAGCAGAGAAGCAGAGCACUUGUACCACACCCUCGAGUCCUCCUACCAGAAGGCCCUGCAGUCCCACCUGAAGAACUCCGACAGCAUCGUGUCUCUGCCCCAGUCUGACCGCUCCUCCUCGAGUUCUCAGGAGAGUCUGAACCGGCCGCUCUCUGCCAAAAGAAGUCCUACUGGAAGCACCACCUCUAGAGCUUCUACAGUUAGCACCAAAUCCGUGUCAACGACCGGAUCGCUCCAGCGGUCUCGAAGCGAUAUUGACGUGAACGCAGCAGCCAGUGCCAAGUCCAAGGUGUCUUCGGCCUCGGGAGCUACGCCUUUCAGCUCAGCAGCAGCCUUGCCUCCCGGGUCAUAUGCAUCCUUAGGUCGGAUCCGCACGAGACGGCAGAGCUCUGGGAGCGCCACCAAUGUCGCCACCACACCUGAUAGUCGAGGCCGCAGCCGCGCCAAAGUGGUUUCACAGUCCCAGCGAUCCAGAUCUGCUAAUCCUGCUGGUGCUGGCAGCCGGUCAAGUUCCCCAGGGAAAUUGUUGGGAAGUGGUUAUGGUGGCCUUGCUGGGGGUUCCUCAAGAGGCCCACCUGUGACCCCCUCUUCAGAAAAACGAAGCAAGAUUCCCAGGAGUCAGGGAUGUAGCCGAGAAACAAGUCCAAACCGAAUAGGAUUAGCACGGAGCAGCCGUAUCCCUCGACCCAGCAUGAGUCAGGGGUGCAGCCGUAAUACCAGCUGUGAGAGCAGCCGCGAUACGAGCCCCGCUCGGGGCUUUCCUCCACUCGACCGGUUUGGGCUUGGCCAGGCAGGAAGAAUACCUGGCUCUGUGAAUGCCAUGCGAGUUCUGAGCACAAGUACAGACCUCGAAGCUGCUGUCGCCGAUGCUUUGAAGAAGCCUGUGAGGAGGAGGUACGAGCCGUAUGGGAUGUAUUCGGAUGAUGACGCCAACAGCGAUGCCUCGAGUGUUUGCUCUGAGCGCUCGUACGGCUCCAGGAAUGGUGGCAUUCCCCAUUAUCUGCGGCAGACUGAGGACGUAGCAGAAGUUCUCAACCACUGUGCCAGUUCCAACUGGUCAGAAAGGAAAGAAGGGCUUCUAGGCCUGCAGAACUUACUGAAGAGCCAAAGAACACUGAGUCGAGUAGAAUUGAAAAGAUUGUGUGAGAUCUUCACCCGAAUGUUUGCUGACCCUCACAGCAAGAGAGUUUUCAGUAUGUUUUUGGAGACUCUUGUGGAUUUUAUUAUAAUUCAUAAGGAUGACUUGCAAGACUGGCUUUUUGUUCUUCUCACACAAUUACUUAAGAAAAUGGGAGCAGAUUUACUUGGAUCUGUGCAAGCAAAAGUUCAGAAGGCUCUAGAUGUCACCAGGGACUCCUUUCCAUUUGAUCAACAGUUUAACAUUUUGAUGAGAUUUAUUGUGGAUCAAACUCAAACUCCUAACCUCAAGGUCAAAGUUGCAAUCCUGAAGUACAUUGAGUCCCUCGCUCGGCAGAUGGAUCCAACAGAUUUUGUAAACUCUAGUGAGACGAGGCUUGCUGUUUCUAGAAUUAUAACCUGGACGACAGAACCAAAGAGUUCAGACGUGAGAAAGGCAGCACAAAUUGUGCUGAUCUCUCUGUUUGAAUUGAACACUCCUGAAUUCACCAUGUUACUUGGUGCCUUGCCAAAAACAUUCCAGGAUGGUGCCACCAAACUCCUGCAUAACCACCUCAAGAAUGCCAGUAACACCAGUGUGGGCUCUCCGAGCAAUACAAUUGGCCGGACUCCCUCCCGACACACCAGCAGCAGGACCAGCCCCCUGACCUCCCCCACCAACUGUUCCCAUGGGGGCCUAUCUCCCAGUCGCUUGUGGGGUUGGAGUGCCGAUGGCCUAUCGAAGCACCCACCUCCCUUUUCUCAGCCCAACUCCAUUCCCACCGCUCCCUCCCACAAGACUCUCAGGCGUUCUUACUCUCCCAGCAUGCUGGAGUAUGAUACAGAGAACCUGAACUCGGAAGAAAUUUAUAGUUCUCUGCGUGGAGUUACGGAAGCCAUUGAAAAGUUUAGUUUUCGAAGCCAAGAGGAUCUGAAUGAGCCAAUUAAACGAGAUGGCAAGAAGGACUGUGAUAUUGUGUCCCGCGAUGGUGGAGUUGCCUCGCCUGCCACGGAGGGCCGGGGAGGCAGCGAUGUGGUGGAAGGAGGCAGAACAGCUCUGGAUAACAAGACGUCCCUCCUCAACACCCAGCCUCCACGCGCCUUCCCAGGGCCGCGGGUGCGAGACUACAAUCCAUACCCCUACUCCGACACCAUCAACACCUAUGACAAGACAGCCCUGAAGGAGGCCGUGUUUGAUGAUGACAUGGAGCAGCUUCGAGACGUACCCAUUGACCAUUCUGACUUGGUGGCCGACCUUCUGAAGGAGCUGUCCAACCACAACGAGAGGGUGGAGGAACGGAAAGGUGCCCUGCUGGAGCUGCUCAAGAUCACCCGGGAAGACAGCCUGGGCGUCUGGGAGGAACACUUCAAGACCAUUUUGCUCCUGCUGCUGGAGACGCUUGGGGACAAAGACCAUUCCAUCCGAGCACUAGCAUUGAGAGUUUUACGGGAAAUUCUGAGAAACCAGCCAGCAAGAUUUAAAAACUAUGCCGAGCUGACCAUUAUGAAGACUCUGGAAGCCCAUAAAGAUUCCCAUAAGGAGGUAGUGCGAGCGGCCGAGGAGGCGGCAUCCACGCUGGCCAGCUCCAUCCACCCGGAGCAGUGCAUCAAAGUCCUCUGUCCCAUCAUCCAGACGGCUGACUACCCCAUCAACCUCGCCGCCAUCAAGAUGCAGACCAAAGUCGUCGAGAGGAUCGCCAAGGAGUCCUUGUUGCAGCUCCUCGCCGACAUCAUCCCGGGCUUGCUACAGGGUUAUGACAACACCGAAAGCAGCGUGCGUAAGGCCAGCGUGUUUUGCUUAGUGGCAAUUUAUUCCGUAAUUGGAGAAGAGCUGAAACCUCACCUCGCACAGCUCACGGGGAGCAAGAUGAAGCUACUAAACUUAUAUAUAAAGAGGGCCCAAACCACGAACAGUAACAGCAGCUCCUCAUCCGACGUGUCCACACACAGCUAAUGGCAGCACCAGAGUCUCUUCGUGUAGCCCUAGAAGCAGUCGGUGGUGCCUCUCCGAGACCUUCCCCCACCCUCCCCCUCAUCGGCUGCCCAAUCAGUACAAGGAGGCCCGCAAAUAUUUAUUACAAUCAGUAUUUUGGUCCCUUCCAGCUUUUGUGUAGAAUCUUACUGGUAUUGAAUGUAAAGGAAGCAAGGCCUGUAUUGCAGUCCUCAUACGAAACAAAUGGAAUAAGAAAAGAGCCAUACUUAAAUGCAUCUUGUACAGCCUGCUGAGAUCAUAAAACCAUGUGUGUGGGGUGCACCUUCAAAAAAUCGGAGCUCUCUGGCCAAUACUUGGUAGAAAGUAGCAUUUUCUCUUAGUUACUAACAUUUGAGGAGGGUAUGUUAAUUUGUGUUUCUCUCUCACUUCGCUUUCUUCCUUCUGGAUACGGCCUGUGACCCCAGGAAAGGGUCAUACAUCUUUCAGUUGUAUUGUGAGACCUACUAAGAAUGUGAGUCCACGUCUUGGCAAGAAACAGAGAAAAGCCUGAAGAUGGUCUUGUAACAACCACGUGGGAUUUUGCUUGUACAGGAUCUAGCCUGGAGGCC